AUGGGGACAACAUUUGGAAAGGCAUUUAUCAGUUUAUUUCAAGAACCCGAACCGAGAAUAAUGUUUUUCGGCCUCUUCUUUACCGGAAAAUCAUCAAUACUGCACCAACUCAAAACCGGAGAAGCCCUUUCAAAAAACAUGCCCACCAUUGGAUUUGAAUGUGGAAGCGUCAAAUACAAGAACUCCAGCUUUAGCUUCUUUGAAAUAGAAGGUCGAUCUCUGUAUAGGGAAAUUUCUAUAUGGAAAAGAUACUUUGAAAAGGCAUCAGGGUUUGUAUAUGUAGUUGAUAGCACAGACAGAAAGGGAAUCGAAGAGGCAAAGAGUUUCCUUUACAGGGUGAUGGAUGAGAUGCAGGGGAAUGUACCAGACAAUGCGCCUGUUCUUGUUUAUGCAAACAAGCAUGAAGUUCCUGGUGCCAUGUCAGCUUCUGAGAUCAGUUACAAACUUGAUCUCGCUUCUCUUCGUCAGAGAAACUGGCAAAGAAACUGGUAA